UUGAUUGAUUUCCAAGUAACCCCCUCCUCCCAAAUGUCUCUGUUAUUAAUUUAUGGGCUAGCACGUUGAACGAAUCAGCCAAUGAAAUCUCUGGUGAUCGCGCUCGUAACUCCCCACAGCCAGCCGGCAGGAAGAAGCUGCAACGCUGGGGCGCGAUGGGGGACGCCGCUAGAGGGAGGGGCACCUGGGGAGCGCGCGCUCGUCACCACGGCAACGGCGUCGGCCUUGCGCUUGUCAACUGGCGCCAUGGAGGAUCUGUUGCCGGAGGUUUUGCUGCCGGGCGAAGCCGAGAACUUGGUGGAGUCGCUCAGGAGUUUCCAGCUGCGGGAUAUCGGAAGCCAUGAGUGGCUACGGCAACAGCAAAUGAUUGAAAAGUUGAACAUGCAAGCCAUACUGAGUGCUUCUGCUGGCCAUGAGCAGAUCCUUGUUGAGCUUCUGGUGAAUAAUGGCAAGAUCCCAACUCUCAUUGAAGAAUUAAUUACUGUGGCCAUUUGGAAGCAAAAAAUCUUCCCUAUACUAUGCAAAUUGGAGGAUUUCAAACCAAAAAGCACAUUUCCUUUGUAUUUAGUGCUGCGACAGGAAGCUUCAAUUAUUAAUUUCUUGGAAACAUUAUUUUUUCACAAGGAAAUCUGUGAAUCAGCAGAGGAUACCAUUCUGGAUUUAAUAGAUUAUACCUAUAGAAAACUGACCCUGUUAGCAGCUCAAAGUGCCAAUGGGAAGAUACCAUUUGAACAAAAGUUUCAACCUGAGAAACUUGCCAGUCUUUCAUCAAUGCAAGAACUAAAGAAACAAGCUGAAAUGAUGGAGUUUGAGAUCUCACUGAGAGCUCUUUCAGUGUUCCGUUUCAUUACUGAUGUGAUAGAGAGUUUGCCAGUAAGUGCUGUGACAAGAAUGUUGAAUACCCACAAUUUCCCAUGCCUUCUGGUGCAGCUGUUAGAGCAUUGUCCAUGGACCAAUCGUGAAGGAGGAAAAUUGAAGAAAUUUGAGAACGGUUCAUGGUAUGAAGUUGCCCCUGAAGACCGUAUGAAGAUGACUAAAUUGGAUGGGCAAGUGUGGCUCGCUCUUUAUAACCUACUCCUUAGCCCAGAAUGCCAGCGCAAGUACGAAUUCAAUAACUUUAACAAAGGCCAGCUCCUCAAGCUUCGUGCCUUCCUGACCGAUGUUCUUGUUGACCAAUUUCCCAAUCUUUUGGAGAUGCAGAAAUUCCUGAGCCAUCUGGCUGUAACAGAUCCUGCUCCACCCAAGAAGGACCUCAUACUGGAGCAAGUUCCUGAAAUCUGGGAUCAUGUAGUCAGAAAAAACUCUGAAAAAUGGCAAGCAAUUGCCAAGCACCAAGUAAACAAUAUGUUUAAUCCUUCAGAAGAGGAGCUGAAAAGCCAGGCUUAUGGAUGGGCAAAGACAUAUAACCUGGAUGUAAUGGAAGCCCUAAUUCCAGAUAAACCCAAGUGUGCAAUGUGUGGCUCUGAGGCCACAAAACGCUGUUCCCGUUGUAGGAACGAAUGGUAUUGCAAACGGGAGUGUCAAGUGCAGCACUGGCAAAAGCACAAGAAAGCUUGCAACUUGAUUGCUGAUACAAUGAAGAAAAUAGAAGAAGAUGUACAGAUGCAAGCAACAUCCAUUAAGUAAUUCUGAUGGUCAAAAAAAAAAGAUCUCAUUUAACAAUAUACAGCAUUCAGAAUGACAGAAUAAAAAAGGCCACCAGGUUAAUAAUUAAUAAAAUACACAGAAAUCUUUUUUAAAAGCAUUUAACAAAUGUCAGCCAAAUAUCUUAGAAAAAAACACAAUCCUUAUAUUCUAGGAGAUAAGUUUUAGUAGAGAACUAUUUCUAGGGUCAUUUAUCUCCCUUAUGAAUAUCAUUGUCAUUUAUGUAUCCUAGAUUUUAGAUGAACAUAUGCUGGAAUGUUCAAGCAUUAGUGUCAAGUUCUGAGUUUCCUAGGAAUUUGGAAGAGUUAUGUUUGAUUAUAAAUGGAGGUUGUUUUUUGUUUGUCACUCAAGAUUCUUUAGCUUCUGAGGGCUAUUUUGUAGUUUGCCUAACGCUACAUACCUUUCAUAUGGUAUAUGCUUAACUAGUAUUUCUGCAGCAGUGAAUAACAUCAUACGUAAUGAAACUGACUUGCAAGACUUCUUCCUUCUUAAAAACAGAAAUAGCUUGCAACCAUUUGAGAACAAAAGCCUGUGUCUUAAUUUUAAAAAGGCCUUUUUGAUUUAAUGAUAUUGCUAACUUAAAAGACACAGAUCUCCUAAGCUGUUUGUUGUAUGCUUUUUUUCAUUAGGACAAGAAUUUUAAAAUACUAGUUCAAUCUUCUGAUACAUACAUAUCAAUCUGAUACAUAAGUCUGUUCUGAAUAAUUUAGAUAUAAUGAGAAAUGAGAAGGGUCAAGAAGUUGCAUUGUUGACUGCACCACAGUUUCUGAAUUAUAUGUGUUUGAUUAUAUUUCUUCCCAUGUCAGAAGAACUGGCUUUGAGGGAAGAGAAGGGAAAAGGAUGUGGUAAAUUAAGAAUUUCAGUUUACUGAGCUGUAUGGUUUCACAGUUGAUGGUAUAUCACAUGACAUUUUCCAUUCUAGUGAGAAAGCUGACUCUGUUAUUUAGUACUUUGUUAAUAAAAGAACACUAAUGAUCUGCUAUAUAUGAGUUUCAGUGCUGCUGAAUAACUAAUAAUCUUAUGCAAAAAAAUCACAGGAAAUGGAAUACAAUUCUAAAUAUGCUUAAUAUCUAUCUUAAUAUUUCUAAGAUAUUUAAUAGAUGACAAAUUUUAGUCUAUUUCUGAAAAUCAUAACCCUCUAGCUUUUUUCUUCUAGCCAAAGUUGUGAUUUUGAGAAAGGCAUUCUUAAUAUGUAGAAUCCUCUUAAAUUUGAAUUUUGGAAUUAUAUUUUUACUCUAUGUUCCAUGUAUUUUCAAUAUGCUUUCUCUCUUCCCUGCCUCUAUAAUAUAGUCCAAGGUUUAAGUGCCUUUAGAAAAAAAUUCUGAAAUCUCAGUGAUUUUGAAGAAAGAUAUCAGAAAUUCCCUCAAAACAGCCAUACUAUUUCAUCCUUAGCCCCUUCUACCCUGAUUAAAGACAGUGAGUACAUUCUUUAAAUAAGCAACUUGACAUAUUCCAGGCGGUUUCCAUAUGCUUAGUUUUUUAUAUUAGGAAGCUAAGAUACCAAUUGUUCAAUAAUGAAUCAACUCAAGGUCUUCAAAUGAUAUAAUCUCUGUAACAAGUUUUCUGUCAGGAAAUACUGUAUCCGUAAGUCAUUCUGCAUAAUAAUUCAUGUUACAAAUAUUUCCUUCAUUAAUUUCCAUUUUAGUUUUUCAUAACAUAUCCUGAUUACAUGCCUCGUUCCAGGAAAGCUGGAAACAAAAAAAAUGGAUGUAUUGUCUUGUUAAUAAGUUUUUAACUAAUUGGAAGUGGUAGAUGAGCUGUUGGUCACAAGAGGGGAAAAUAUUCCAGCAGUUAAAUUUAUGUUGAAAAAUUGUUAACUUGGCUGACUCUAGAGUGAACUUUAAAAUGUUGCAACUUUCACAACAGAACUCUCCUUGUUACCUAUACCUAAAAAGCUCCUCCCAUGUAGAAAAUACCGCAGUGGUAGAAGUUUUUCAAAGUUCAUUUGCUUUUCAUAGUAAGUGCAAGGCACAUAAUGCAGUGCUAUAUUUAUCUGACAGAAAUUAGAGAGUUAUGUUUGUUUUUUUCAUUGUAAAUAAAAGUUUCUUAUUGCAAUUGUGCAUAGGUUCGAACUAUUGUUUCAUUCCUAGACAUUCAGAGUUGGUGUUAACAUUAUUUAUCGGUACCGUAUAUGUGGUACCUUGCUCAAUAGUAGUACUUGUGAGAGGGAUCUUGGAGUCCUAGUGGAUAACCAUUUAGAUAUGAGCCAGCAGUGUGCAGCAGCUGCUAAAAAAGCCAACACAGUUCUGGGCUGCAUAAACAGAGGGAUAGAAUCAAGAUCACGUGAAGUGUUAGUACCACUUUAUAAUGCCUUGGUAAGGCCACACUUGGAAUAUUGCAUCCAGUUUUGGUCGCCACAAUGUAAAAAAGAUGUUGAGACUCUAGAAAGAGUGCAGAGAAGAGCAACAAAGAUGAUUAGGGGACUGGAGGCUAAAACAUAUGAAGAACGGUUGCAGGAACUGGGUAUGUCUAGUUUAAUAAAAAGAAGGACUAGGGGAGACAUGAUAGCAGUGUUCCAAUAUCUCAGGGGUUGCCACAAAGAAGAGGGAGUCGGGCUGUUCUCCAAAGCACCUGAGGGUAGAACAAGAAGCAAUGGGUGGAAACUGAUCAAAGAAAGAAGCAACUUAGAACUAAGGAGAAAUUUCCUGACGGUUAGAACAAUUAAUAAGUGGAACGACUUGCCUGCAGAAGUUGUGAAUGCUCCAACACUGGAAAUUUUUAAGAAAAUGUUGGAUAACCAUCUGACUGAGAUGGUGUAGGGUUUCCUGCCUGGGCAGGGGGUUGGACUAGAAGGCCUCCAAGGUCCCUUCCAACUCUGUUGUUAUGUUAUGUUAUGUUAUGUUAUAUCCUGCCUUUCUACUAAAUUGAGUCGUCAAGGCAACUAGUUAAAAUUCAAAUGGGGGAGGAGUUUAAAAUUAAUUAAAACUAAGACUACUGUAAAGUUAAUAAAUACAUGACUGGUUAAAUAUGUCUUAUGAUUGCUCUAAAGGUAGAAACAAGGAAUACUAAACACAGCUUCCCAUGAAGAAAAUUGAUACUACUGAAAUUUGAAAUUGUUGUUUCUUAUGAAAUAUGCUUUUCAAAAUACCACCAUGAAAUAUUGUUAUCUGAUUCUAUCUGGUGCAGAAU